UUUUUCCUUUUGCUUCUUCUUCCUUCUUCAUCCUCAUAUCCCCCAUACACACUUCCAACCAUCUUCACUCUCUAUCCUAAUCUCUAAUCCCAUCCUACACCAUGAAGUUCCUUACCACUGCUAUUGCUGUUGCUUCGCUCGCUGCCGUUGCUAGUGCCCAAAGCAUCCAGCUCAACAACCCUACCGAGGGCACCGUCUGGACUACCGGCCAAUCCGGGUACAUCUCCUGGACCGGCAACUGUGCCUCGCAGGGCAAUGCCUCGAAGGCCGUCGAUAUCCAACUCGUCAACGGCCCCUCAACAGCGGUCCGCUUCGUCACCGAUUUGGGCAAGCUGGAUUGUUCCGGCAGCAACCAAUCGGUUACGGUUACGGUCCCCACGUCGAUCACCACGGGAACCUACUCUCUCCGCGUCUUGACUCUGCCCCAGAACUCGUACAGCACGCCCUUCCAGAUUAACAACCCCAGUGCUCCUACGACCACGACUGCCCAGACCACGACUGCCCAGAGCACGACAUCCACUCCUUCUCCUACCGCCAAGCCAAGCUCAGCAAACUCUUUGAUUGCUGGCUCUCUGGCCGUCUUGGUCGGAGGUAUUGCCGCCGCGCUCCAGUUCGCCCUUUAAAGUAUCCACUUCGGUCCCUUGAACAAAGUAAAACAACAACAAAGACAAUACAUGGCCAGCUAUAGGCAACAUACAGAGAUGGAGGAUUAUUACUCUUUUUGCAUGCUGCUUGUUGAUGGACUGGGAAGGCUCUCUCUCUUAUUGUCAUAUUUCUUGGGUUGACAAACAAAUAUUUUUUUAUUUCCCUCACCCCAGCUACUCAGUUAGUUUUUAUCCGCUCUUUCCAUCUGUUUCUGUUGUAUCAAUAAUCGCGAAUUCAUUCUAUCUUCAAAAAAAAGCAGACAAAAAAAAGCAGACAAAAAAAAAUUGUAUAGCGUAAUAAAGUCAACCUUUGAAAAAA